AUGAUGAACGCGCCAAUAAUAUUAUUAAAAGAAGGUACAGAAGCAAAAUUUGGAAAGCAACAGAUUUUGAGUAAUAUCAGUGCCUGCAAUGUGGUUGCGGAUAGUAUCCGUACUACAUUAGGACCUCGUGGAAUGGAUAAACUUGUUGUCGAUUCUAAAGGUAAAACUACAGUGUCGAAUGAUGGUGCAACUAUUUUGAAAGUACUAGAUGUGGUUUUUCCUGCAGCUCAAGUCAUGGUUGAUAUUGCAAAAAGUCAAGAUGCCGAAGUCGGUGAUGGUACUACUUCAGUUGUCAUAUUAGCAGCAGAACUUUUGAAACGUUCGAAACCUUUCAUCGAAGAUGGUGUCAGCCCUCAACUUAUAAUUCGAGCGUAUUCAAAGGCUUGUGAAGAAGCCAUUAAUCGACUUAAAGAAAUUGCAAUAAAAAUUGAAGGUGACGAGAACAUGAACGCAAUGUUAAUGCGAUGUGCAAGGACGUGCCUCAGUAGCAAACUGGUCAGCCGAGAACGAGAGUUUUUUGCUCAAAUGGCUGUUGGUGCUGUUUCAUACUUGGACGAUAGUCUGCCAUUAAAAAUGAUUGGAAUCAAGAAAGUCAGCGGUGGAUCUCUUACGGAUUCUGAACUUGUAAAAGGUGUGGCCUUCAAAAAAGCAUUUAGUUAUGCAGGCUUUGAGAUGCAACCAAAAAGUUAUAAGAAUCCACUGAUUGCUUUGCUUAAUGUAGAAUUGGAACUCAAGGCAGAAAAAGAUAAUGCAGAAAUGAGAAUUCAGAGUGUGGAGGAAUAUCAAAAGAUUGUUGAUGCUGAAUGGACAAUUUUAUACGACAAAUUGAAACAAAUUCAUAGUUCUGGGGCGAAAGUAGUACUUUCGAAACUCCCGAUUGGAGAUGUUGCUACUCAGUGGUUUGCUGAUAGAGAUAUGUUUUGCGCUGGACGUGUUGAGCAGUCUGAUAUGGAUAGAUUAGUAGCAGCAUGUGGUGGCACUGUUCUUACAACAGUAAGUCACAUCACUGAAAAAGUUCUUGGAAGUUGCGCGGAAUUCUACGAAAAGCAAGUGGGAAGCGAACGUUUUAACUUCUUUUUGGGUUGUACGAAAGCACAGUCUUGUACUGUUAUUUUACGCGGUACUGCUGAACAAUUUAUCGCAGAAACAGAACGUUCUCUACAUGAUGCAAUCAUGAUUGUGCGGCGUGCAAUAAAAAAUGAUACUAUUGUUGCAGGUGGCGGUGCUAUAGAAAUGGAGCUCUCGCGGCAUCUGCGCGAAAUCUCUAAAACUAUUGCAGGCAAAGAACAAUUCUUUUGGCAAGCGUUUGCCAGAACUUUGGAGGUAAUUCCAAAGCAGCUCUGCUAUAAUGCAGGCUUAGACGCAACAGACAUAUUAAAUAGACUGCGGCAUCGUCAUGCAAAAGGAGAUAAAUGGGUUGGUGUUGACAUAUUUGCGGAAGAUGUCAGUGACAACAUGGAAGCUUGCGUGUGGGAACCAGCUCUUGUGAAAAUAAAUGCUUUGACUGCAGCAACAGAAGCAACAUGUCUCAUUUUAAGCAUUGAUCAGACUGUAAAAAGUCCUCGAGCUGCCAGUGGUGGCCAGUUACCUGAUAUGUGA